AUGAAGAGACGAGAGAAGGAAAGGCUGGGCUUGACUUUCAAGUGCUCUCGCUGCGUCUUGCGGGAAGAUGAUGUGUCUGCGAGGUUGUAUAGUUCUCCUGAAGAUGUGUUCUCCCACUGCAAAGCAGGGCAUCAGUUUAAUAUAUGUGACGUGGUCAAGAAACAUGGACUUGAUUUUUAUGGAUACGUUAAACUAAUAAACUUUGUUAGAUUAAAGAAACCAACAGCAGCCUAUUUGAGUUCUCUUAGCAGCCCAGUGCCUUGGGAAGGAGAGGAAUACUUGAAACCAGAGCUAGAAGAUGAUCUUCUACUUCAGUUUGAUAUAGAAGAUAUUUGUGAACCUGCAAACGUUUCGUGUUCUAAUGGUUUAAAUGAUACCGCGAUGCUCCUUGAACAACUAAAGCAUGCAGAAUACAGAGCAAGACUUGCUGAAGCAGCCUUGGCUAGAGCACAGGAUGAUCUUCAAAAAAUGAAACAAUUUGCGCAGGAUUUUGUGAUGAACACGGAUGUCAGGAGCAGCUCGUCAUCCAGCGCCAUCGCAGACCUUCAGGAGGAUGAGGAUGGCGUUUACUUCAGCUCCUAUGGGCAUUAUGGGAUACACGAAGAGAUGCUAAAGGAUAAAGUGCGUACAGAAAGCUAUCGUGACUUCAUCUAUCAAAACCCACAUAUCUUCAAGGACAAGAUGGUUUUGGAUGUUGGCUGUGGAACUGGAAUACUCUCCAUGUUUGCUGCCAAAGCAGGUGCAAAAAAAGUGAUUGGAGUCGACCAGUCUGAAAUUGUCUAUCAGGCCAUGGACAUCAUUAGAUUAAAUAAACUUGAAAAUAUCAUUACAUUAGUCAAAGGAAGAAUCGAAGAGGUAGAUCUGCCUGUGGAAAAAGUGGAUGUAAUUAUAUCUGAAUGGAUGGGUUAUUUCCUUCUCUUUGAGUCAAUGUUGGAUUCUGUCAUCUAUGCAAAGGACAAGUACCUGGCAGAGGGAGGCUCAGUUUAUCCUGAUAUUUGCACCAUUAGUCUAGUAGCUGUUGGGGAUGUGAAUAAACAUGUGGACAAGCUACUUUUCUGGGAAGAUGUAUAUGGCUUUGACAUGUCUUGCAUGAAGAAGGCUGUAAUUCCUGAAGCUAUUGUGGAGGUGCUGGAUCCAAACACGCUGAUAUCUACAGCCAGUGUCAUUAAGCAUAUCAACUGUAACACUGCAUCCACUCCAGACUUAGAGUUCUCUUCACAUUUCACUCUGACCAUUACAACGAGCACAAAGUGUACGGCAGUUGCAGGUUAUUUUGAUAUAUUUUUUGAGAAGAACUGUCACAACAAGGUCUUGUUUUCAACUGGUCCCCAGUGUACCAAAACACACUGGAAACAGACAGUUUUUCUCCUGGAGAAACCAAUUCCUGUAGAAGCAGGAGAGGCUUUGAGAGGAAAGAUCACAGUCCGCAAAAACAGGAAGGAUCCACGGUCCCUCUUUAUAACCCUUGCGGUGAAGGACACGCAGCAGACCUACACCCUGCAGUGA